AUGUCGCAACCGCCUCCUCACGAGCUACCCGAUCUAUUCUUCUUCUCACCACAAGAUACUUUCGACCCUUUCCCAUCGAUGUAUGAGGAGACUUUACAGGCGGCGGCAUUUCAGCAACCUCCGGCUCACCCGGCUCCUCUUCCGACACCACUUCCCCAAUCACAAUGGGCAUAUCCUUCGACCACUCAAUGGGCCGCUCAGGCGGACGCGGGAUACAAUGCUGCGGUUUAUUCAAGGAUAGAGGAUCACAAACACCGCACCACACUUUGGAGGGGAAACGGUUGUUGUUGUUGUCUUGAGGAGGUGUUUACGUAUGCAAUUUCCCAAUGCGGUAAUCCGUCUCCUCCUCACGCCGACAUAUUCAUGAUGGAAAAUCGUCCUGGUGGGACUGGCGGUGGAGGAUUCGUAUCAAUGCAUGAAAUCCAACCGCUGGAUGUGUCUCGCUCUUUGCCUGGUCUCCCCACCGUGUUCAACCCCGAUCCUCGUAUCACACCUUUGCCACAUACAGAUAACAAACCUGAUGUCUCCAUUCCGCCGUACGUUUUUGCUCUCUCGUUUCUGCCUAGUAGCUCAUUCGCUAGUUAUGCCGUACCCACCGCCCAAGUCAACGGUAUAGACAACACUAUCAAUGCCGAAUCUGGCCCCUCUAGAGAUUUGGAAGUCAAGGAAGGAUCUCCUUUCACCUUCCGACCUCCUUCCUCUUCUCCUGGACCAACUUCCAAUUUCGCCCUUCAGCCUCGAUCGGAGCUACAUCGUGCAGCGUCUGCCAUCACACAAUCAGCUCCGAUCAGGCAGGAUACACAAGGGAAAGACUCGUCGACCAUCGAUAAGCUACCGGUCAAACGACCAGCGGAAGAUGACGGCUCCCGUGCCACAAAGCAGAGAGGCACUGUGCCGACUAAGGCACCUCCGUCAACCUCACAGGGUAUGGCUCUCAUACGGCCUCUUAUUUCCUCGACGAGUUUGAAGUCGAGUAAACCGGCUGUAUUGUUCAAGUACCUGCGUCCGCGCAUCAAAGGCCCGGAAGUGUUGCCACCGGAAUUUGAGCCGAAUGCUAGAGAGUUAAGGGAGAUUUUGUUGGCAUUGAAGGAUCAUGCUCCUGAACAAUACCUGAGAAAUAUGGCGGAUAAUGAAAGAUAUGCAAAGACCUUAGCUAUUUGGUUGAAAAUGUUCAUAGAUGAUGUGGAAAAAUGGGAGUCCGCCAUUGCACCACUUUUGCUUAUGUUAUCAAGGACGGACAUGGCGGUGGACGUGAUGGUGAAGUACGGUUUUGGCAAGAGUUGUAAAAUUGUCAAUACACGGGCGGCGAAGAAGGAUUUGAAAUCCGCAGGAGAGAUCAGAAAAGCUUUCGAGCGAUAUCAUUCCUGGUGUCAGGAGAAAUUAUUACCUGGAGGUCGUAAAGCACUCGAAGACUCUGAGUCGGAUCAAGGUGGGACCAAAAAGCAAAAGAUGAAUGAUGGGACAGCUCAAGCUUCAUCUUCGGGACCGACCAAAUCAACCGCGAAUACUACAUCGACUACCAAACCUAACUCAACUGCGAUCAUCAAACCUGCUGUUAAGAAAGAAGCUACCAAAUCGGACAUGUCAUUCUUCAGCGCCACAACUCCAGCGUCAUCCACGGUGAAAAAACGGGUGAUACCUGAUAUCAAGAAGAUUGAUAGGUCUGCUGCCCCAUCGACUGGUGCACCUACUACGUCGUUAUUGUCGACCACCAUGAACCAGCUUCUGAAGAAAGCUCAGUCGCCUCCUCCUUCUGCGGUCGAAGUCGCGGGUAGCGGUGAUCUGGGUGCAGGAAGUGGGAAAAAACAACCGAAUAAGAAAGGACACAUGGUCAGAUUCAAAGACCUCAUCCCUGAUGGUGGGGCUUUGGAGUCGAUUCGUGUGUUUAGAGAAGAACCACAUGAGCUAGAGCCUGCUCCAUGGGGUAAUACAAAUGAAGCGCACGGAAAGUCCGUCCACCAAUUGGACAUGUCUGAAGGUCUAGCAUUGAGAGCUCAUGGAGUGGAUGAGCAAAUCGAUUGGUAUGAUCCAGAACAAUACUUUGAUCCCGCUAUUCACCGCGAGACACCAUUUACUUCGUCCGAGAAUGAAAUUCAAGAAACUCGUGAAAGGGGUAUAUUGGCCGUCACCUAUAUGUCCGACGCUCAAAUUCCGUCCGAUCCUUCGGAGAUUGGAGUGAAGAUUGCCGAAAAGGCUAUGUCCACUCGUCUUCUUUAUCCAUCUCAAGCACCUCAACCAUCUCAAACAUCUACGAUGAUCCCCGACAUUUCCACUACUCAAUCUUCAGUCAGCGACCUUUUGAAGAAGAUCAUUUUACCUCCGAACUUACUUCAACCUCAACCUCUACCUCCACCUCUAUCUCAACCCCAGCAGCCGUUGGUCGCACCUAUCUACGGUGGUUUUUACAAUCCUCCCGCUCCUCAAGAUUAUCCUCCAAUCCGUACUGCCCAAUCUCAGAAUCAUUAUCCCCAAGCAACCCCUUCCUACCCUUCUGCUUCUGUUUGGAGCGCUCCCCAGUCUCAAACACACGAGUAUGGUGCCAGGGAUGAUCAUCGUGGUAGAAGAGGAAGCGCAAGAGAGAGGAGAGAGGCGAGAGAUGCAAGGGACGAACCGUCUAAUGGGGGAAGACAUAGAUCUAAGAUAUGCAAGUUUUGGGUGGAAGGACGAUGUGAUCAAGGUGACAGAUGUAGGAACCGACAUGGAAGUGAGUGA